CGCUUGUUUUUAUGUAAAGUUUAGGUAGUUCAAAAGUAGUAGUUCAAAAAAGUACUUCUAAAGUACAGGUAUAUGUAUGUAUAAAUACAGAAAGUAUAAAUAUAUAUAAUAAAAGACUAUUGUGUCAAGAUAAAGGUUAUGCCUGUCAAAUCAGAUAUGAAGGACAAGACAUCGAAUUCAUCAGAUGUUAAAGAAAAAUCUAAAAAAGGAAGAUAUAGUCUGAAAAAGUUAUUAGAUCGUAGUCGUUUCUCUCCAAGUUUAUUAUUUCUGUCAAAAUCUUUUGCAAGUAAAUCUACUGAAGCACCAAAUGAAGAACAACGUAAAUCUGUGCACGAUGAUAUGAUGGAAAUCAAUGCAAAUAUAAGAAAUUCAGCCUCUUCAUCACCACAUUCCUAUUCACCUGAUUAUAGACGACGUUUAACAGCCUCUGUUCCAUUCGACUGUUCUGAUUCACCGAUAAUCACUACUACAGAAUUUCGAAAUCCUGCUUGUGGUAGUGAUCAGGCUAGUCCUAAUUCAGAAUAUAUUGUUGAAGAAGAAGAAUAUGAAGAAUCAUUGACACAAUUUGCUGAUAUUAUAUUAGGCGGAUUUAAAAGUCGAUCAAAUCCAAGUUCAAGAAAAUCACCGGAUAGCUUUUCUGCUUGGUCUGAUGCUGCUCUCCAGUGUGGAUCACUCACUAGUGGUAUUGAUGCACAUCGUCAACAUCCACAUCAACACCACCAUCACCAACAACAACACCACCACCAACAAGUGACAGAGACAUCUGAUAGAACUCCACCACCGAUUGAUUUUAGUUCUUAUGAAAAAUCAGCUGAUAUUGAGCAUAACAAUACUACUACUACUACCACUCCUACUACUGCUACUGGAAGUAAUCAUAAAGCCAUUGGAAAUAUUGUAACUGGCAUCAAUCCAUCAGGAAUAUAUAAUGAACCGUGUGAUGCUAAACCUUCUCCCCCGGAUAAUGAUAAUAAUCCAAUGACAAUUUAUACAACUAGAAGUGUUUUAAUAAAAAAUCCACCAAUGGAUGUCAAUCGAAUAGAGAACAGUCCUCCAUACCAUGAUAAUUACAUCAAUCAUACGGAUCAUUAUCAUUGUAAUUGUACAGAAAAUGUUAACUCGUCAGGACCAGUAACACCAACAACAACAUCAACUACUACUACUCCUAUGAAUAAUCCGUCUACAGUUAAGAUGGAAUCUUUUCAAGGUAGAAAUGAACAGUCAAUGUCACCGAUGUUAUCCUGUGUCAGUCCAUUUGUGAAUAGUGAAACUCAUGUCAUCAGUAACUCGGUUGGUAUUCAGUUGAAGAAUAACAGUAAUAACAGUAAUUCACAGCCAAGUGUUAGUUUUGCAAGUUCACCUCGUGGUAACACUGUCAUCACUCACCAUCCAUCCAGUCCUUUUGCACGUGUUCCACGUGGUCCAAUUCUAAAAAAUGAAGGUAACUUGAAAAUGCCAGUUCAGUCUUCACAACCAUCAACAGGAUCGAGAGUUAGUACCUAUUCAACAGUUGGUGAUACUGUUACAGCGACGUCAACUAGUGCUUCUGCUAAUGCUGCUGCGUAUUCUGACAAUCUGUCUAAUGAAAUACCUAUUCCUAUAACUGAUGCUUCAACAAACAGUUCAUCAGUUGUUUCAAAUGAAUCUCUACCAGAUUCUUCUAAAUCUUCCUCAAAACAAUCUGUUCGUGUAAAUGAAAGUCAACGAACAAAUUCAGUUUAUUAUGAAUCUAGCCAGCCGGCAUAUAUUGAUGAUAAGAUAAAAUCUGUUGGUGCUCUAACUCCUAUGCAUAACAACACCGCCACCACCACCACCAGUAAUAAUAAUAAUAAUCCAAUGGGAUCAGGACGUGGUCGCCCCAAUGUAUCCAGUUCUUAUCCAACAUAUGAAGAAGCUUGGGACGUGAAAUUAGCUCGUCAACUUGGCGUUGGUGUAUCCCGUCUACCAUCGAUUCUUCCAAUCUCACCAACCACUGCUACUGCCGCUGCUGCUGCUCCUCCCCCUACCACUACCACUGCUGCGCCGAAUCACAUUCCAUCCUUGCCUUCUAUCCUCACCGGUGGUGGUGGUGGUGGUGCUACACCACCUCAGAAUUCAUCAUCAGUAUGCAAUAAAGGCAAAGCGACUGAUGAUGUACAAACAGUAGAGACUGACUUCAAAUUAUUAAAUAUUACCACCACCAGCAAUUCAUCAGAUGACAAGUCAGCAAAGUUGACGAAUUUUUCAGAAAUGUUAAUUACUGAUGAUAAUAAUAAAAAUGUUUAUGAUGAUGGUGAUUGUAAUUAUAAAAAUAAACAGAACGGAAAAUCAGUUAAUGGUAUAAAUCAAUUAUUUUAUCAUAAUGAAACAAACAAUGAUCCUUCACAACGUAAUUCAAUUUCUAGUCAUAUGAUAAAUGGAAAGACUGAAUUAGCAGAGAACAGUACCGGGGAGUAUGAUUACGCUUACAAUGGUUCAUGGAAUAUGGGUGUUAAAUACAACUUAAAUCUAGCUAUUAACAAUUCAUCCAAUGACUCUUCCAUUAUACCGACUACACCGAAAUAUACCAAUACACCGACAACAGGAAUUACUAAAACUGUGAAGUCAAGUCAUUCUAGUAACACUAUCCAUUCAAGUAAUCCUCAUCAUCAUUCUAUCACUUCUACUCCUCUUCCGCCCCCGCCUCCUCCUGCUGUUCCAUCACAUCAUCAUCAUCAUCAUCAUCCACAAAAAUAUGGCAUAUCUUCAAGUCAAUCACAAGAGUCUAGUCGAUUGAAUACAAUUCGAAAUGAUACAAAUGAUUUCAAAGGUAGACCAACAAGUCGUCCUGUACCGUCUGUUAUACCGAAUGAUUUAGACAGUAUUUCUACAGACAGUUGUGAUGAAUCUUGGGAUGCACGUCAUGGUCAAUUGGUCUCUGAAUUAAUGCGUGGACGCUUUAUCGAUCCUUCAGUGAUUGUUCCAACCACCUCUGGUAAAAUGAUGAAUCCGGUAACAGCAACAGUGGGAAUGACUACUGAGUCCUUACAUCCAAUGGAUAAAAAUGCAUCCAUAAUCCCCGGCUCAAUACCUGCUACUUCAUCAUCUUGCACCUCGUCAUCCUCCUCAACACCAUCAUCGUCGUCGUCUUCUUCUUCCUCCUCCGCCUCGUCUACUACUUCAUCAUCUUCAACAUCAGUGCCACUUCCUUCUCCGCUUUCUUCACAGUGUAUAAAUGCUGUCGCACAAUUAUCAUCGGAUCAGUUCAAUUCAUCUAACGGAUUACGUUAUCCAGGGAAUUCAGUGAAUAAAACUAAAUUGUCAUCAUCUAGUCAAAAUAAUCUACCGAAAGGUUUACCCCCGAAUUUGGAAAAUCUACCACUUGAAGAACAACCAUGGUUUCAUCCGUCGUUAACACGAUCAGAAGCUGAAGAGUUAAUACGCAAUGAACCAGAAGGUAGUUUUCUUGUCCGUCCCAGUGAAACAUGUCCAAAUGAUUUUUCAUUGACAAUCAAACAUAAAUCGUUUUUACAUAUGAGAAUAUCACGUAAUAGUGCAGGUCAAUAUAUUCUUGGUGAAUAUAGUCAGCCUUAUACAAGUGUCUCACAAAUGAUUUAUCAUUAUGCACGAACACUUGUCCCUGUACUUGGUGCCUAUUCAGUGACGCUGACACAUCCUGUCUUGAAACGAAUCUAAUCAUCUUGUGUUUCACGCUUCUGUGCUGAUGCUCCCGCUCCUGAUGCUGCCGCUGCUGCUGGUGUUACUGCUGGUUGUUGCCUUUUUUCUCUUGCUAUUCUCUGUGACUUUUGCCUUUCCAAUUGUUGUCAUCAACGUUGCCAUUAUUAUUAGUAAUAUUAUUAUUAUUACUGUUAUUGUUACUGUUUAAAGUUGUUAAUAUUGUUAUGAUUAGUCAAAUGACACAGUGAUACACCUUUUCCCUGGUUUUCAGCGCUCUUAUUCGCUGUCUUUUCUCUCUGUCUUUCUCUAUUUUAUUGUAUUUGGCAAGUGUUCAACUGUCUUAUUUCAUUUUUGCUUUUUCUCUUCUUGUAAUUAGCGCCUGACUGAUGACUUAUAUGUGGUGAAAUUGGUCUUUCCUCUAUCUAAGUUCUUCUCCUGCUCCCCUCACUCCCUCCCUCCCACUCACUUGUUCUCCUGUUGUCUGUGCAUACCCCUCCUCCUUUCAUGUCUUUCCUUCUACAAUGACAGUAAUUUUCGCUUUGCUUUUACUGGUUCCAUUCAUCAAUCUUUUUUGUUUUUUGAUCUCAGCUUUUCUUUACAUCUGCAGUUUUCUUUUUAUUCAACACUUUAGGAAUACUUUUAUAGUCAUUACGCGGAGAUUUUUGUCUAUUUCUGUGGUCAGUGUUGUUGCUCUCCCUCCACGCCCCCCCCUCCAAUCACCAUCUUUUGCCUGUUUAAUCCUCUGGGUUAUCAACCCUUUGUUUUCUCUCUCUCUCCUUCAAAUGUUUCCUCUCAGUUUUUGGUUUUUGUCUUGAUAGCUAAUUUCCGUCUGUGUUCUGUUAAACUGUAUAAAUCAUAUUCACGCUUUCUGAAUUCUUCUUUUUCGUCGUCUCCAAAGUGGAUAUCAUGCUGACCGAUUCCAUUAGAAUCUUUAUGAUUAUGAUUAUUAUCAUUAUCUAAUUCUAAUGCUAAUGCUACUACUACUACU